GCUUAUGACAGCUAACAAUAGUCAUUUUACUAUGUGGGACGUAUAGAGAGAGAGGGAAAGGGGAGGGGAGGGCACAAGAAGAUUAUUUAAUGCCGGAGUAGCUCUGAUGACACGUACUUACAGUUAUGGCUCUGUACAAGGUAAUCGGUGCGGUGGCUCUGCUGACUCUCCUGACACAGGAGUCUCACUCACAACCUGCUGUGUGCGGUAUAACUCCGCUCAACACCAGGAUUGUUGGAGGACAGAUCGCCCCUCUGGGGAACUGGCCCUGGCAAGCCAGCCUGCAAUCAGCUGGGAGGCACUUCUGUGGAGGAUCCCUUAUUAACCGUGAAUGGGUGCUGACUGCUGCUCACUGCUUCUCAAGGAUCCCAACAGGUUUGACUGUGUUUCUGGGUCUCCAGAGUCUACAGGGACCCAACCCCAAUGGGGUGUCUCGGACGGUAACAACCGUCAUCAAACAUCCUAACUAUAACUCCAUUACUAAGGACAACGACAUCUGCCUCCUGAAGCUCUCGUCACCGGUGACUUUCACAGAUUUCAUUGUUCCUGUCUGCCUGGCAGCUCCAGGCAGCACCUUCUUCAGCGGCGUUAGCUCCUGGGUGACCGGCUGGGGCGACAUUGGAUCUGGAGUCUCCCUUCCUCCCCCAGGAAACCUCAUGGAGGUGAAUGUGCCGAUUGUGGGGAACAGCGAGUGUAACUGUAACUAUGGUGUAGGCUCAAUCACAAAAAACAUGAUCUGCGCCGGGUUACGUGCUGGAGGGAAGGACUCCUGUCAGGGGGAUUCAGGUGGUCCGAUGGUGAGCAAGCAGGGAAGCCGCUGGAUCCUGGGGGGAAUCGUAAGUUUUGGAAUUGGUUGUGCCCAGCCUGAUUUCCCAGGAGUCUACACCAGAGUGUCCCAAUAUCAGACUUGGAUCAACAACCAGAUCACCAGCAACCAGCCAGGCUAUAUCACCUUCACGUCCAGUGGAACUGACAGUGACCUCAGCAUCAACUGUGCUGACCUGCCAUGAUUAUUUGUCAUUGACAUAAAGUGUCACCCUAAACUGACAUACAGAAGGAUGCAUUUAUGAUUACUUUGCAGAUAGAGUCAACUAACUAACUUCAUGUCAGGGAAGGCUUUAACACAUGCAAUGAAAUGAAACUCAAAAAGCAUAAUUUGGAGGCCUGAGGAACACAUUAACCUUGAUCAGCUUGUCCAUCGUCUACAU